GGCACAACUGAGCGAUACUUAAUGUUGUUGAGUUGUUAAAAGAGAAACUGACACACCAGACGUUAAACCAGUAAGUGGAAAGCAGUCACUGUCUUCAAGGUGUAAUAUCAGUUUCCCUGUUGGCUCUUUCUGCACUGAAACACGUAUUACAACAGAGAAAAUCUAAAUAAUACCUGGUUCUCCCCUGAGAAACAAGGAACCACACAAACCGCAUUCUGUUGCAGCGGGUUUGUCAAGUGAUCCUGACCCAACAAAACGAUGCUGGUCACUGUUUUCUGCGAGCCGAAGGAUCGCCCAGAAACCACCUUCGCCCUCGAUGUAUCUCCAGAGCUGGAGCUGAGAGACUUUAUCGCACUUUGUGAGCUAGAAUCAGGAAUCCCAGCUGGAGAAAUCCAGAUCACAUAUGUAGAACAGACCCUAAAAGACCAAACUCGUGCCUUGGGGAACUAUGGUGUUAAGGAUGGAGACGUGGUGGUCCUCAGCCAAGCUGACAGAAGGCCACCACCAACUCAACAAGCUUUUCCAGGUCUGCCCCAUAUUGACUUUCGUUCCAUCACAAUCCCCGGUACCUCUUCUUCGAGUCAACGUGGUUCCAUAAUGCAGCAACAGACUUCACCACCACAGACACAGCCCCAACAGCAGCCACAGCGUGCUGCACAACCUUCAACGCCAAUGGCCUUUCGUGGCUCCUCUCCUCAGGGGCUGGAUGACCCUGCUUUACUUCAGCAGAUGCUAUUAUCCAAUCCACAUGAGCUUUCACUCCUCAAGGAGCGAAACCCGCCACUUGCUGAUGCCCUGCUUAGCGGAGACUUGGAGCGUUUCACCAAAGUGCUGCUGGAGCAACAGCAGGAUCGAGCCAAGCGAGAGCAGGAGAGGAUCAGACUUCUGACUGCUGAUCCUUUUGAUUUGGAUGCCCAAGCAAAGAUUGAGGAGGACAUACGGCAGCACAAUGUGGAAGAAAACAUGACCAUUGCAAUGGAAGAGGCCCCAGAAAGCUUCGGGCAGGUGGUUAUGCUCUACAUUAACUGCAAAGUCAAUGGGCACCCUGUGAAAGCUUUUGUUGACUCAGGCGCCCAGAUGACGAUCAUGAGCCAAGCGUGCGCCGAGCGCUGUAACAUCAUGCGGCUGGUGGACCGACGCUGGGCCGGAAUUGCCAAAGGAGUGGGCACCCAGAAGAUCAUUGGCAGAGUUCAUUUGGCUCAGGUCCAGAUAGAGGGGGACUUCCUUCCGUGUUCUUUCUCCAUCUUGGAGGACCAGCCAAUGGACAUGCUGCUUGGCCUGGAUAUGCUAAAGAGACAUCAGUGUUCGAUCGACCUGAAGAAGAACUUGGUUCUAAUAGGCACCACAGGCACAGAGACUCGCUUCCUGCCUGAGUCCGAGCUGCCCGAGUGUGCCCGACUAGCAUACGGAACCGAGGGGCGUGAAGACGCGCCCCCAGAUGAGCAAGCAGACAGAGAACUGGCAGAGGCACUUCAGAGGUCAAUACAGGAAAGUGACACUGCAGAUGGACAAACUACCUCACCGCAGCCCCCACCAUUUACAUUACCCAGAACCUUAGGCCAGACGUCCUCACCCACCUCCACCUCCCACAGCCCUUCCUCUGGCCCGCCCCACCCGGCCGCCAUGGAGCAGGCCUCGGCACCAGAGAUGUGCCCUGAUCGACCUGGCCUUCCUCAGCCUUCUUCCUCAGCAGAGGAUGCAGGAGUUGCACCUAAUCAGCUCCACCCUCCCCCUCUGUCUGUUCAUACUGACUCCAAAGUGCCCCCUGUACCCACUCCCCUACCAGAUGUCCUCCGUACAUGUACCCCACCUGCGGACCCGACAGUAUUCGAGUAUCCGGGGAGUGAGGUCCAGCCUGGCCACACAGAGGGGAAUGCUGACUCAGAUGAGGUGAUGAACAGCCCCACGCUCCCCCGCCCUGAGGAACUUUCCCCCAUUCAACCCAUGGAGCAGGAGGCCACCGAGUCGAACACGGCUGCUGCCACAGAAGCCCGUCUGAGUGUUGUUAGCCGGCCGACCUCGGUUGAAAUGGAGUCCCCCGCGGCCUCCCAGGGCGUGCCGUCCUCUCAGAGGGACCAGCCUGAAGGAGAGCACUGCUCCCCCUCCGACAGCGUCCCGUCGUUGGCAGCCGCUCUGGUGGAACUUCACGAGCUGCUGGCAUCCAACAACCGAGCUCCGUCCCAAAACCACAGCACCGCCUGCUCCCCCUCACAUCCAUUCGAUCAGGAGACAAAGGAAGCGACCCCCGAGCCACGGACCCCCAUGCGCGAAAACAUCCAGCUCCACCCCUCUACUGCCAUCUCAGCCGGUGAACCAAACGAUGCCAAAGCCCACCAUGCUGCUGCUGUGUCUGCCGAGGGGCCAUCUAAAUGUCUUGUGGCUGACCUUUCUGGCCCGGAUGCAGCCGAGACCGCGGAGGGACACGGCCCGCCGCGGUGUCCCGACGGCUCUGUCAAGAGGAGGGGAGAUGCCGUGAAUAACAUCAGCCGCCGUGAGCCAGAGGUUCCUCCUGAUCCUGCACGGGACCUGGAGUUCAGGGAACCCCCCGAGGGACAGCAGGGGAGAGGAGUCGCCGACGGCACAAACACCCCGGACACUCCUGGCCUGCAAACCGAGGACACUCUCCUCGGCCCCCCGUCUCUGGCAGUGGGCUCGCGUGAGGAAGUCUCGAGCGCCUCCCCCCCCUCUCCCACUCCACUCGCUCAGGCUCCCCCGCUUCCAUCUCCAGCUCCGCCUCCAUCUCCAGCCUCUCUCCUCCCUUCUCCACAUCUCUUUAUAGGACAAUUUCCAGCUGAGCACAUCCAGAGGAUCCAGGCCGCGGGGUUUUCUGCCAGGGCGGCUGCAGAGGCGCUGGAGCAGGCGCACGGGGUCGUGGAGCUCGCUCUGCUGGCACUCCUGGCCCGCAGUAUCACCGUGCCCACCAAGACUCGUCACUAGUCGCACGCGUCCGCAGCCUCCCAACUCGGCAUCCGUCUUCUUUAUACCUGGUUACUGAACCCGAUGGUUCAGUCCCCGCUUCGCAGGGCGCACGUAUAAACGCAGGGAAAUGCCGUCUCUUGGUUUGUCGUGCAGAAUAUCCAAGAGCAAAAAGGACAACUGGUGAUGAAUACGUUUCUGGAUAUUGCAGAUGUGUGAGGUGUGUUUGCAUGCAGAUGUUUUGGGUGGCCACCCAUCUCAUUGGUUUUUAGAGAUUUGGUAUGGUAGAUUGAUUUCUUCUUAUUUUGUCGUCCAACGUUGACACAUUAUUAAAUGCCCAAUGUAUGAUUGAUUAUUUAGCCGUUGAACAUUACUAUAAUUUCACCGUUAAUAUGUGUCAUAAAACUCUUAAGUUGUGGAGCAUCAAUAAAAACCUCUCAAAGUGGAGUAGUGUUAGUUCUACUCAAUAGUCCCGAGUUACCACGGUGAGCUGUGGAUCAUUCAGUCCAAAUAUGGAUAUUUAAAGCAAUUUGCUGAUGAUUAAAGCCCCAUGUUGAUUUUUAUGUGUGUCGCCCUUUUUCACAAUGAGUAAAAAGCUAAAGCGUGGGAACUGCAAGUUUAGAAGGGCUACCUUUACAACUAGUGUUUCCCCUUAAUCACACGAAAAUAUCAAUGGAGCCACAAGGGUGUUUGUUGACGUAUGUUCAGAGAUGGCAUUUUUCAAUUAAAUAUGUAUUACAUGAAGUUUAUUGUACUGUAUGUAUUAUUUUCCACAGUUGGAAAGGUUUUCAAUGUGUAGUUACAAAACUGUUUGUAGCUCCUGUUCAGAAAGUCCUUUUUAUUUUGUGUCAAAGCAUCAGUGUGUGUUCAUACCUUUUAAAUUCAUCCAUUUUCAUUUUGUAAUGUUAAAAUAUUGUCAUGUCAUAUAUCAAGGAUUUGAAUGGCUUUAUUUGAAUCAUAAACCAACAAUGUUCAGGCGAUUGAAUUAUCUACUUUUAUCUUGUAUGACAUUUUAAAUUGCAAAUAAAAUGGAACUAGUAUUUGUA